UUCUGUAGCUCUCAUUCCAGCACAGGAUCUCAGCAAUUUUGCCCUCUUCCCCGCUGCCUAUUCCAGCGCGCAGAGUCCUUUCUUCUCUCUCAUUUACAACUUCUUUUAAAAAGAGAACAUUUUCUAGAGAAGAGAGAUUUGCUAAACAGAAAGGACAUAAAACAAAAGCCACAGCAACCCGACUUCCAGCAUGGCAUUGUCACCAGCCCCCUUUGCAUGGUGAUGCGAUUAAGGUAGCGGCAUUUUUAUUAUUCAGGAAGAGCAGCUGGGGAAUCCAUCAGUUCUAAGGCUUUGUCUUUCCUUGGUUAACUGAUGGUCCUGAGCCCCGGUUUGACCUGACCAUGAUGCCUAGGACUGGCACUUUUUGUUUUUUCUCAGCAAACUGUACAAACCCAAAUCUCUUUUUGAUUUUCAAGGAAACUAGAUUCCUGCCAGACUUCGAAUCUGGACAAUAAAUAGAUACUCUGUCCUAGCUUCUUUCUGGAAUCAUUUCGGGAAUAUUUUCCACAAGAAUCACAGAAACAGGAAUGAACCGGCAGCUAGUGAACAUUUUGACAGCCUUGUUUGCAUUUUUCUUAGAGACAAACCACUUCAGGACGGCUUACUGCAAAGACCAUGACUCCAGGUCUGGAAAACAACCUUCACAGACCCUAUCGCCUUCAGAUUUCUUGGAUAAAUUAAUGGGAAGGACAUCAGGAUACGAUGCAAGAAUCAGGCCAAAUUUUAAAGGGCCUCCUGUAAAUGUUACCUGCAACAUAUUUAUCAACAGCUUUGGGUCAAUAGCAGAAACUACAAUGGACUACCGAGUGAACAUUUUUCUGAGACAACAGUGGAAUGAUUCACGGCUGGCAUAUAGUGAGUACCCUGAUGAUUCUCUGGACUUGGAUCCAUCCAUGCUGGACUCGAUUUGGAAACCAGAUUUAUUCUUUGCCAAUGAGAAGGGUGCCAACUUCCAUGAUGUCACCACCGACAACAAAUUGCUUCGAAUUUCAAAAAAUGGCAAAGUACUCUACAUUGGGUACACGAUGAAUGACCUGAUAUUUGAGUGGUUAAGCGAUGGUCCAGUUCAAGUUGCUGAAGGACUGACCCUGCCUCAGUUUAUUUUGAAAGAAGAGAAGGAACUUGGCUACUGCACAAAGCACUACAACACUGGAAAGUUUACCUGCAUCGAGGUAAAGUUCCACCUGGAGCGCCAGAUGGGCUAUUAUUUGAUCCAGAUGUACAUCCCCAGUCUGUUGAUUGUCAUUUUGUCCUGGGUCUCCUUUUGGAUAAACAUGGACGCAGCCCCUGCUCGGGUCGCACUGGGCAUCACCACCGUCUUAACGAUGACCACUCAGAGUUCGGGUUCCAGGGCUUCUCUGCCAAAGGUGUCCUACGUAAAAGCGAUUGACAUCUGGAUGGCAGUGUGCCUUCUGUUUGUGUUUGCUGCCUUACUGGAAUACGCAGCAGUGAACUUUGUCUCCAGGCAACACAAGGAGUUCCUGCGGCUCCGGAAAAAACAGAAGAGGCAGAAUAAGGAAGAAGAUGCUACUCGUGAAAGUCGUUUUAAUUUCAGUGGGUAUGGGAUGGGUCACUGCCUCCAAGUGAAAGAUGGAACAUCGGUCAAGGCCACACCUGCCAACCCGCUCCCACAACCCCCAAAAGAUGCAGAUGCCAUCAAGAAGAAGUUUGUGGACCGAGCAAAAAGGAUUGACACGAUAUCUCGAGCUGCCUUCCCAUUAGCCUUCCUCAUUUUCAACAUCUUUUACUGGAUCACAUACAAGAUCAUUCGGCAUGAAGAUGUCCACAAGAAAUAGAUGUGCCCUUCAGACCCUGGACUUCCUUACCUAAUUGUUGUGCUUGUAAAUACACAGUGAAAUUGUCUUCUAUCACUUUGACAGAGGAAAUGACUAGGGGCGGGGGGAGGGAAGAUCAUGAGGGCAGGUUUCCUGGCACGUACAUGAAUAAAGAUAAGUUAUCUGGGCAAUGACAGAAAAUGUUUGCACAAAAUUAAGGUGUCGCAGAAUCACAUGAGCAUAAUUCCCUUCAUAGUCUUUAGCAUUGUUAUUUCAGAUGAUGUAUUAAUUAGACAGGAUAUGCAAGGUCAAGUGCUCGACAGCUAUUUGGUUUGGUUUGGUUUUGACUAAUUCUGGUACUGAAAAGUUAGCUUAAAACACACACACACACACACACACACACACACACACACAGGAAAAUGCUUACCAUCUGACUGUAGUGACUAGCCUAUAGUGAGUCGAGGACCAAACUUUUUCAGGAAAAUGCUGCCUCGUUUUUAAAACAAGUACCCUGAGCUACGUUCUUUAUGAUGUCUGUAAUUAGUGUUUCACCUGAGAAAUCCUUUUGUGGGCUGUAAAUUAUUUCUAUUUAUUGAGAAAACAACAACAAAAAAUAAACACCAACCACAAAGAACAGAUUUCUACUGUCCGUGUAGGUGUGCAAUUUAAUAUAAUUUUUCUUUCCUCAGUGUAAUUUGGAGGUUUAAAUGGUGUAUUGUGUAAUUGAUUUGAUAGUAUACCCUCUUAAAAAUAGAUGCCCAUUUUAUUUUAGAUCCCAAUCAGCACACUGUAUUUUUUCGCUUUGACUAUAUUGACAUGUGACUUUAACUGCUCAAGUGUCACUUAGCCAUUGCAGCCUCUUGGCCACAGUAUUUAUGGAGAUGGUGUGUCCUGAAUGGUGUAGCUCCUAUUAGCUUGAACUUACCAUUUCUGCUCUCAUUGUAGGUGUAACUACUAGUCCUAAUGUCAAAUGACCAUGAUUUCUACUGUCAAUCCAAGUGAAUAUCGUUUUAAAUAUCCUUAAUUAACUUACGGAAUUUUAAAAUUGUACUGUGAUUUUCAUAACCUGUUGCCUUUUUGGUACCAGAGCUACGUGGUUUGAAUCCUGGCUACAUGUUUUAAGUAAGAAAACAAAUAAAAGACGUAUUUUUGCUUACUCAGAUAAAAGACAACCUGUAAAAAUAUAACAAAAAAAUUGAAUUUUACAUGUGCUGUAAAAGGGAUUAUUAAAAAAUAUUUGUUCAAUUUCAAUAAAGCUAAGUGUGCCACAAAA